AAAUCAAAUAUUAUUGAUAACUGCAUGCGAAUUGCAUUCCAAUUGGAAAGAAAUAAAGGUGCUUAACGUGUUUUAUUUUCCGCCGGUAAAUGUGAAUGUCGAAUGGGCAAACGGAUUUGAUGUAGACGCCGACUUGGACGCAGCUCUACACAUUGGAGCAGCCCCCAACCCCACCAACUUUGCAUUGGUAGCAAACAAUGUCACGACGCAAACAGUCGAAUCCAAAGCCGUUGAAUAAAGGUGAUUGUUCCGAUACCACAGAAGAGAUGACCGUCGACAGCAGAGAUUCCAAAGAUUUGGGCGCACACGAGCUGAGCGAGGAGAAACAACAGCAGCAGCUGGAGGAGCAGCCCGAGGACGAGCAGCUGGAUCAGCAGCAGCAAGCAAGCAACGCCGCUGAACAGAUCGAGGAGACUGACAUGGAUCAGGAAAUGGUUGAGGAGGAGCAGGCAGCCGCCCAGGAGGCCAGUGCACAACAACAAAAUGUGGCCGACAGCUCGACGACUCCACCACGUAGUCCCACGCCACCUGAACUCGUGCCCAAGUUGGAGCGUGCCGAUUCGCCGGCAACGCCGCCUUCAGUGGCAGCCACGCCCAGUCCGCCACCAACGCCCACGCCGCCCUUGGUGCUGCCCAAGCUGCGUCUCAAUGCGCUGCUCGCUUCCGAUCCGGCUCUUAAGCCCGAUGCCAAGGAGCUAAAUUUGGAGCCACGCUUGCUCGGUCCGCCGCCGCAGCUGGCAAAGCCUGAGCAGUCGCAGCAGCAGCAGAGCUUACCGGAUCCAAGCAGUCUAGUGGAGCCGCUGCUCAAGCCGGCGCGUUUUAUGUGCCUGCCCUGCGGCAUAGCUUUCAGCUCGCCUUCAACGCUGGAGGCGCACCAGGCCUACUACUGCUCGCAUCGCAACAAGGAUGCCGACGAGGAGUCGGCCACCGGCGACAAGGCAGCAGCCGCAGCUGCUGGCGGCGGCAAUCCAAAUGCCAGCAACAGCUCCAGCGGCGGCAGCUCCGGCUCGGAGCCACCAGCCAAGGUAGCGCGCACGGGCAAGCAGUACGCCUGCACGCAGUGUUCCUACAGCGCCGACAAGAAGGUCUCCCUCAAUCGCCACAUGCGCAUGCAUCAGACCUCGCCAGCAGCGCCCACCCUGAACAGCCUGUCCGGGUUGGCCGCCAACGGUGUGGCUGUGGCCGCCGCCGCCGCUGCCGCUGCGGCCAGCGCGCUCGAGGAGAGCUCUAGUCAACAAAUCGAUCGCUACUGCAGCGACUGUGAUAUACGCUUCAACAACAUCAAGACCUAUCGCGCCCACAAGCAGCACUACUGCAGCUCCCGUCGCAGCGACGGCCAGCUGACGCCCAAGCCCGAGGCGAACAGCACUGGCAACACGGCAGGCUCUGCAGUGGGAGUUGCCGCCGCGGCGGCCAAGCACAGCGGCGCUCACAGUCCGCAGACGCGCAACAAGACGCCGACGCCUGCUAUGGUCGCGGCUGCUGCUGCUGCGGCUGCCGCUGCUGCAGCGGCCGCCUCGCUGCAGGUGGCACCGCCGCAGCCCUUCCUGGCGCUGCCCACCAAUCCCAUCAUCAUAGUGCCCUGCUCGCUAAUACGCGCAGCCAGCCUCAUUCCAGGACCACUCACCACCUCCACGUCGGGUAUUGUCAAUCCGGAGUCCACGUGCUUCACCCUUGACAAUGGAGCACUCAAGCCGCUGGCCACGGCGCUCAAUAUAAAUGCGCUGGCAGGCAAUGCCACGCCCACGCCAACGCCCACACCCAUGCCUAGCAGCAAUCAGCUGAGCAUGCCCGCCCUGGAGCCAGAGCGGCCCAGCGCCAGCAGCGUCUUGGAGGCGGAGGUCAAGAGCAGUCCGCCAGAGCCCAAGCGCAAGGAAGCCAGCGGCGUACGCGAUACCACGCCCCUAGACUUGUCGCUGCGUCGUUCGCCAAUUUCGCCGCUGCUGCAGCGCCACCGCUUGAUGGAGGAGGCGCUGCUCAGCGCCGGCAAGGAGAGCCUGGAGAGCAGCGCCAGAACUGGUGGCAGCGUUACGCCGGAACAGAUUGUGUGCGCGCCCUCGCUGCCCAGCAGCCCAUCGAUGAGUCCCUCGCCCAAGCGACGUGCGAUCAGUCCACGCAGCUCUGGGGCGGGUAGUGCUUCCUCCAUGUCGCCGCCAGCCUUGGCAGUGCCCCAUCUGCUGGACAACCUGCAAUUGCGCUCAAUGUUGCCCGCCGACUUUGCACUAUCCGAAUCGCUGCUGGCCAAGACCAAUCCGGAGCUGGCGCUGAAGUUGGCAGCAGCCGCCGCUGCAGCUGUGGCGGGCAGCAGCCCCGCCGAGCUGGCCAGCAAACUAGGCUUCAGCCCAGCAACUGGGCCUGCACCUCCUCCGGCUGUGGCUAGCGUGGCAGCCAACGCGUCCAACAGCCAGCCGCAGAUCUAUGUGAAGCAGGGCGUGUCCAAGUGCAAGGAGUGCAACAUAGUCUUCUGCAAGUACGAGAACUAUCUGGCGCACAAGCAGCACUACUGCUCCGCGCGCAACCAGGACACAGGUGCGGAUGGUGACGUCAAGAAUGCAGUGACACCGCCCGCCGCACCGGGUCCAGGCGUAGCCGGGUCCGGUGCCUCCGCGCUGGAGACCACGCCCGUGGCCUAUCAGCAGCUGAUCUGCGCCGCCUGUGGCAUCAAGUACACCUCGCUGGAUAAUCUGCGCGCACAUCAAAACUACUAUUGCCCCAAGGGCGGAGCGGCAGCCACGCCAGCCGAGGCAGCCACACCACAGCUGCCAUUGCCCAAGGAGAAGUGCGUUAAGUGCAAGACACUGCAUGAGCAUGGCCAGCCCUGUGCCACGCCCCCAGCCGCGCCCCAGCUGCCGCCGGCCAGUGUGGCGAAUAGCGUGAACAAGUGUCCCGUUUGCGGUGUGGUCAGCCCCACCGCUGCGCUGGCCCGCAAGCACAUGGAAAUGCACGGCACGGUGAAAGCAUUCCGUUGCAGCAUCUGCCAGUAUAAGGGCAAUACGCUGCGCGGCAUGCGCACCCACAUACGCACCCAUUUCGAUAAGAAGACGAGCGAUGUCAACGAGGAGCACUACAUGACCUGCAUCUUCGAGGAGGAUGCGGCAGCUGCAGCGGCACCGCUACCCCCGGCCAUGGGCUUGGACCUGCCCGCCGUGACAGCGGCCCAGGAACAGCUGGAACAGCACGCGGCACAGAUCUUCAACUGCGAUCACUGCAACUAUGCCUCCACCUACAAAGGCAAUGUGCUGCGUCACAUGAAACUGUUGCAUCCACACGUGGCAAUCAACUCGCCCUCCAUAUCACCCGAGUGCCGUGAGCAGGAUUCCACAGCACAUGCCCUGCCCGAGGUAGCCCUGGUAAAUGGCGAGCGCGAGGCGGCCAGUUUCCACAUUAAGUCGGAGCCCUUGGAGCCACCUGUCGCUACAUUGGGUCUGGUGCAUGAGAACAACAAUUCGCCCAUUGGCACGCCGCACACGCACAUCAAAGCCGAGCCGCUGGACAUGGGCAUUGAGCUAACCGCACCCACACUGCCACCGCCCAUGGCGAAUUCGCCGCUGGGGCCGAGCGCCGCGGAGGCCAUGAAGAAAUAUUGUUCCACCUGCGACAUAUCGUUCAACUAUGUGAAGACCUUUUUGGCACACAAACAGUUCUACUGCAAGAGCAAGCUACACCGACCGGAGGCCAGUGACAGCCCCAGUCCCACUGUGGGCGUUGGUGGCACCGCCAUGCCACUGCAGUCGCCCAGCGAGCUGCUGUUGCUGCAAAAGAACAAGGAGAAUCUUCAGGAGGCGGCCAUUUGAGAGAGCCAGCUGAUGUGGGAGGUGCAGCGCAAGCAACUGGAAUGGUACUACAAGUGCUUCUGAGCCAACCACAAAACGCAACCACCAUCACCACCACAAACAUCAACCACCAACACCACAACCACCGACACAGUAUCGAAAGUAUUUCCGGAGAAUCUCCAACUGUUCCCCCUGCGAAGAUAGAUAGAUCCUGAUUAAUAAUAUCC